AUGGCAGCGGCGGCGGCCGCGGCCGGCGGGUCCUGCGGCUGCUCGGCUUUGCUGGCUCCGCCGGAGGCCGUGGCCGCCGACUGGAUGCUGGAGUUCGCCUGUUCCUGCCUGUGCCAGCACUUCGGGGACAGAAUCGGGGCGGAGUUCUGGCGGUGGAGCGACGUGGCGCAGGCUCUUAUCAAUGGCUUUUUCAAAAUACCAACACAUCAGAAGAAAAGAGUUUUUCUCUGUCAGCUUUUGAUAAGAAUUGCAAAAGGAAAAAGCUUCGAAUUACAGUUUGAAAAUGGUAAAAAAAUUUCACCUUUGGAAUCUGCUCUGUCUUUCUGGACUUUACUUGAAAAGGAAGAAACUAAACUGGAAAAGCUUCAUGAAGAUAUUCGUCACUUGAUUCAAAUUCAGAUUGUAGCAGGUCAUAUAGAGAAUGGAUAUUUUAAGGAAGCUACUGAUGUUCUUCAAAGGCUGUUUACGGACUCUGAAUCAGAUAAGCCUUUAAGGGUGAAGCUGGCAACCGUAAUUAAAAACAAGGAUCCAUAUGUUCCUCUUCUCCAGAGCUUCAGUUACGGUCUUUUAAUAAGUAAAAUCAAGUCCUACAUAGAACUUUUCAGGAAAGAAAAUGAAACUAACUUCUUAAUACAGGAAGCCACAAAAUACGCAGAGUCUAAAGGAUUGGAAGCAACAGCAUUGCAAAACCAAUCUGUGAAUGUCAGUGAAAAUAACAAAAGUAAUUUGGAUACAAAGCAAAGAUUGGUGAAAGAGCAACAGUAUAUCACAAAUCAGUCCCCUGGAAGGCCUUAUUCAGGGCAGAAACACACAGGGAGCAGAGUUCUUCAGAGUCUGAACAACUUGCAGAAUGUGGAAAACCAUGGAGUUUCAGCUGGUGGCCGAAGAAGACAGCGAUGGACUUACAACGAAGACUUGGAACUGAAAUCAGGAGUAAGGACAUUUGGAGUGGGUAACUGGGCUAAAAUUUUGGCCCAUGGUGACUUCAACAACCGAACAAGUGUCAUGUUAAAAGACCGGUGGAGAACAUUGUGCAGGACUGACCUAGCCUAGCUUUCCAGAAUAACAACUUAUUUUAGUCUCAAAGUGUCCAGCAGUGUUGCUGUCCGGAAACAUGAAACGUGAAGAAUAGUAAUAGCUAUAAAACAUUUAUGUAAGCAAACUUGUUCAGGUGAUGACCUUAAUAUGAAGCCAAAUAGAGAGUGUGAACUUUAAGGCAGAUGAACCUUAGCUAACAGUAAAAAAAGUUCCUUAUUACUAGUUAAAAAUGCUCAUGUGUACUAGUGACAUGAAGUUCUGAGAAGUCUACUUCCUUAAUACUGACGGUGGACUCACCUAUGAAGAUGGGUGAACCUGAGAACUGCAAUGUAGAGGAAGAAUACUUAUGCACUUGCAGUAUAAACUAUUGUCUAGAUGAUGCUGAGAAGGAACUGAGGAUCUAAACUGAAAUCUGGUUUUAACGCUCAAACUUUCAUUUUUAUUUACUCUUGCUAUUUAAUGAUGACAGUAAUUAUCCUCAGACUUGAGAGUGUUUGACUGGCUCACUACUGAGUAGGAGCAGUGCUUGUAGACAGGGCAGUGGCCAAUAGAGAAUGUGAACUUCAGGAAAAGCAACUACUAUGAUUAGAAACAUUAGCUCUUAAUUACCAGAGAGAAACAUGGAAAUAUGCUUCUAGUGUUCUAAUAGGAAAUCAGUCUUAGCGUUUUGUAUUAAGGCA